GGUCACCUCACUACAGGAAGGAUGUGGAAACCAUAGAAAGGGUGCAGACGAGACAUCCAAGAAUGUUGCCUGGAUUGGCGAGCAUGCCUUAUGAGAAUAGGGACGGAGCGGUGGGGCCUGGGGCUUUGCAGUGUCCUGAGUUCCGCUGGAGCUGGAAGAAGACGGGUUCCUCUGUGCUCCUGGCCCGAGCCUUCCACAGCGCAGACCUGGUGGGAGACAGGCUGGUAGUCUACGGAGGGAUGCGAUCAGCAGAGCCCGGAGAGGGGCCGCUGGGUGAUGCAGUGAUUCUAGGGGUGGGCUCAUUGGCAGUGGAGGGAGUGGUGUCGGGUGGGCCACCCCGCAGUCACCAUGCCACAGUGGUGCUGCAGGAGCGUUGGUUGCUUGUGGUGGGAGGGUGGGACGGCAAGAGGCGGCUGGCUGGGGUUCACGCCCUGGACCUGGGUGGGUACGAGACCGAGCCCGGCUUCUGGAGGCAACUGGAGCAGGAGCAGCACAGCCAGGCACCUGUGGGACUGAGUGGCCACAGUGUCAGCAAGCUGAGCGAGCAGCGGCUGUGGGUGGUGGGACGGGAGGGAGGGGUCCGCACCCAGAGGAGGUUUGCCAGCAUCUUCCAGCUUCAAGUGGACAUGCAGCAUGGACGCUUCCGGUAUGAGGAGCAGGCCUCACGCACGGCCUCGCGCUCUGGACACUCGGCUACCCUGUGUCAGAGGGGGGGCCGAGGGGAGGCCACCUUUCAGCUGCUGCUGUUUGGGGGACGCAACACACCUGGCUUUGAGGUGGCUGGGCACUGGAAGGAAGGGGUCGUGAAGCCCCAGCAACCCUCUGCCCAAGGCUUGGUUGAGAAGUUGAGCUCCCUUAUUGCUGACAAGGUGGUGACCCCUGGCAGCCCAACACCUCGCCGACACCACUCCAUGGUUCAGCUGGGACCUUUCACCCUGUUGCAUGGGGGUGAAUCAUUCAAGAAGGCCAUCGACACAAUCUGCAGUGACCUCUACAUCUAUGACACACGAUCUUGUGCUGGGCAGUGGUACCGGUUCCCUGACUCUGAUGUAGAGCUGAAGAGAGUUGGACAUCGGAUGGUAGUGCUAGGGGAGCAGCUGUGUGUGAUCGGAGGUCUGGGACCAGGCGGCAAGGACUGUCCUCCUGAUAUCUACACCCUGGACCUCCACUGCUGACCCUGGCUGUGGGAACCCUGUGAUUCAAAUAAAGAUGCUGUCUGCCCCA